CUUUUCGGCUUGCGCUACGUUUUGAAUUCAGGAAAGUGAGUCGAAAGUGUUGCGACGUACAAAACCUUAAUUAAAAUGGACCUAAUGUUUACACUUGCUUCUUAAUUCUGUUUAAACUAUCCGGAAAAUCCUUUUUUUUCUUUCGAAGCUAAGGCGAACAAUAACCGCUUUUAUAACUGAGCGAAAGCUUCUAAUUGUCCCAGUUGGUAAGUUAGUAGCAGAGACUAAACUAGCAAGUGUGCUAGCUAGCUAACCUGCAUAGCUUAGCUGGUCAAGCAGCCAGCUGAACCCAGGGCUCGUCGAGGCUUGGCCAAGGUUUUAAUCAACACUUAAACAACGCCUGCUUGCAGUUGAGUCUCUCAAAUCGGGUCGUGACAGCAUGGCCGACAGCACUUUCGGGACGAUCCGAAGCCUGCUGGUGGACUCGUCCGUCUUUGACUCUAGGAUGGCGGAGACCUCCAAGGACCACACGUUUCUCUGCCUGACCUCGGACGAUGCUGAGGAUAUGCUACGGAGAGUGAAGACCAGGGUUGUGCUUGUGGGGGAAAUGGGCAGCGACACAGCACUUGUAAAAGCGCUUGAGGCCAUCCAAGUAAUGGAGGUGCCAGUGGUCAAGAUUAAAGAAGGUGACCCGGGCUCAGAGUCGGGCGAGAAAUUAAUAAAAUCUAUAGUCAACAUGGAUAUAAAUGUCCCCUGUAUAAAGACAGACAAUGUCAAAGAGUUUGGGGAUGGAGAAAACGCUGAGUACGAGACAGUCUUUGUACUGAAGGACUUCCAGUCUCCUGACUAUCGCUAUUUAUACAAAAAUGACAACCGCAUUUUGGGCCCCCCUGUGGUACUGCAUUGUGCUGGGAAGGGAGAGCCACUGCCAUUUGCAUCCCGUCCUCUCUACUCCACCACAAUGCUCAACUUAUCACUCUGUUUCACUGGUUUCCGCAAAAAAGAGGAAGUGGUAAACCUAGUUAACCUGGUGCAUCAUAUGGGCGGUACCAUCCGCAAGGACUUCAGCGCUAAAGUCACCCAUCUCAUUGCCUAUUCCACUCACGGGGAGAAAUACAGGUUGGCUGUUUGUAUGGGUACACCCAUUCUCACUCCAGACUGGAUUCAUAAGGCUUGGGAACACAAGGAAAACAUCAAUUUCCAUGCAGGAGACGAGGAGUUCCGUAUGGCCUUCAAAGUGCCGCCGUUUCAGGACUGUGUACUGAGCUUUUUGGGAUUCUCUGAGGAGGAAAAAAGCAAUAUGGAGGAAAGGACGCUGAAGCAUGGAGGGCGGUUUCUGGAGGUCGGAGAUGAGAAGUGCACUCACCUGGUGGUGGAGGAGAACUCCAUUAAAGAGCUGCCCUUUGUGCCAUCUAAGAGACUUUACGUUGUAAAACAAGAGUGGUUUUGGGGCAGUAUCCAGAUGGAUGCUCGUGCUGGGGAAUCUAUGUAUUCAUAUGAGAAGUCGGAGAGCCCGGCGAUGAAGAAGGCCGUGUCCCUUCUUUCUCUCACAACACCCACUAGUAAUCGGAAGCGGCGGCGUCUGCGUGACACUCUGGCCCAACUCACUAAAGAGACCGAGAUCUCACCCUUCCCCCCUCGCAAGAGGCCCUCGGCAGAGCACUCGCUCUCUAUGGGCUCACUGCUGGACAUCUCCAACACUCCAGAUACGUGCAAGGCCUUUGCAGAGUGUAGCGUGGAAGGCAGGCGUAGACAGAAGAAGCCUGUGAAGAGAAGGAGUGAACGGGAAAAGGAGAGGAGGAGUAGGACAGGCAGAGAACGGCCCUUUCACUGUAUCAGCAUCCCACAGCAAGCUACAGAGCAGGACAGACUCCCUGAGCACAUGCACUUGGAGCUCUCACUUGACUCCUUUAAGGAGUCUGGAGAGAACUCCAAACCUUCCAAAAGCUCCACACCUGUCCUGCCCAAGCAGUCAGCAAGAUGGCAGGUGUCCAAGGAACUGUACCAGACUGAGAGCAACUAUGUGGAUAUCCUGGCUACAGUUCUGCAGCUUUUCAAAUAUCCACUGGAGAAAGAAGGGCAGGUCGGAGGCCCCAUCCUGGCUCAGGAAGAGAUUAAGACCAUCUUUGGCAGCAUCCCAGACAUUUAUGAUGUGCACACCAGAAUAAAGGCCGAUCUAGAGGAGCUGGUGAUGAACUGGUCAGAAGACAAGAGUGUCGGUGACAUCAUUUUAAAAUAUUCGGGAGAGCUGGUGAAAGCUUACCCGCCUUUCGUCAACUUCUUUGAGAUGAGCAAGGAGACGAUUGUGAAGUGUGAGAAGCAGAAGCCAAGGUUUCAUGCAUUCCUAAAGAUCAAUCAGGCUAAACCUGAGUGUGGGCGGCAGACGCUGGUGGAGCUGAUGAUACGUCCUGUUCAGAGACUGCCUAGCGUGGCUCUCUUACUCAAUGAUAUUAAAAAGCAUACCUCUGAUGAUAAUCCUGAUAAAGUCACUCUGGAAAAGGCCAUAGAGUCCCUCAAAGAAGUUAUGACCCAUAUAAAUGAAGACAAGAGAAAGACAGAAGGCCAGAAGCAGAUCUUUGAUGUGGUUUAUGAAGUGGAUGGCUGUCCUGCCAAUCUUUUAUCAUCUCAUCGGAGUUUGGUGCACAGAGUGGAGACCAUAGCUCUAGGAGACAAUCCCUGUGACCGCGGUGAACAUGUCACUCUGUUUCUCUUCAACGACUGCCUGGAGAUUGCCAGGAAGAGGCAUAAGGUGAUCAGCACCUUUAAGAGUCCUCUGGGGCAAACACGACCACCUGCUCAGCUCAAGCACAUCACCCUCAUGCCCCUGUCUCAGAUCCGUAGGGUACUGGACCUGCGUGACACAGAGGACUGUCAGAACGCCUUUGCCCUGGUUGUGAGGCCUCCUACUGAGCAAGAGAACCUCCUGUUUAGUUUCCAGCUUGCUGCUGAAGACACACUCAAGUCGAACUGGCUCAAGACUCUUUGCCGUCAAGUGGCAAACACCAUCUGCAGAGCUGACGCGGAAGACCUAAUUCAGCGCACUGAUCCUGACACCCUUCAAGUGAGCACGAAGGACAUGGAUAGCACGCUGAGUCGAGCCUCUAGGGCCAUCAAAAAGACAUCAAAGAAGGUAACCAGGGCAUUCUCUUUCACCAAAACCCCUAAGCGUGUAAUCCAGAGAGCUUUCAUGGCCAGCAGUACCCCAGAUGACAAGAGCCCUGGUCCAGGCCUUGAUCAUAUGACUCGGAUGACUAGCAGCUCCACACUGGCCAUGGCUCGAUCAGCCUCCACUUUCAGUCUGAGUGGUUGCAGUAAAAAUGCUGUAGUACAGCGCUCCAAUUCUCUGGACAAUGCGCCUCGGCCCAGGGUGGCCGUGUGUAUACGCAGCCCAUGCUGCCCUGAGAACACUAACCAGCCUGCUCCUGCAGAGACUCAUCUCAAAGUGCCCACGCAGCAAGCAUGUCCAUCCGCUCUGCAGGGCACGAGGCCAUACCGGGAGCUUGCGGUUUCCUUGGAGCAGCGCCGAGCCCCUGGCUCCCCCCGCAGAGAGACUCUACUCUAGGUGUCUAAAUGAUGCUGUACACUCGCCAUCGAUGAUCAAUCUGUCGUCUGCAUUUGAGAGGAAGUACCACACCUUUAGCCGGUCAACCACUCACCUGAUCUGAUUCGUCUGAUUGAACCCGUUUUCCCUGCUCUCUGACUGAACAACG